UUUUUAAAAAAUUUAAGGAGGGCCAACUUAAAUUUUUCUAAAUUUGUGGAUUAUUUUUCGCUGAGAAGUCAGGGAGGGUGACCCUCCUUGACCCUACCUAAAGCCACCGGUGGGCGCGAGACUCUGUCGUUGUGCAUUGCAACGCGUUUCUUCUCAAGAUCUAAGCUCUAUAGCCAGUAGGCUCCAAGCGCACUUAAACUUGACGAAAAAUGAGGCCACAAAUAGUGUUAUUUGGAGAUUCAAUAACGGAGCAAUCUUUCGGAUCAGGUGGUUGGGGUUCUUCUCUUGCUGACACUUACUCUCGCAAGGCUGAUGUAUUAGUUCGUGGCUAUGGUGGCUACAAUACUAGAUGGGCAUUGUUCUUGUUAUGUCACAUUUUCCCUCUGCACAAUAAAAUACCUCCAGCCGUCACCACAAUUUUCUUUGGGGCUAAUGAUGCAGCCCUUCUUGGGAGAACGAGUGAAAGGCAGCAUGUUCCCGUGGAAGAAUACAAGAACAAUCUCAGAAAAAUGGUUCAGCAUUUGAAGGAAGUCUCCCCCACGAUGCUAGUUGUGCUUAUUACUCCACCACCAAUUGAUGAGGAAGGGCGUAAAGCAUAUGCACAAUCCGUUUAUGGUGAGAAAGCUAUGAAAGAGCCUGAGAGGACAAAUGAAAUGGCUGGAGUUUAUGCUAGACAUUGUGUUGAACUGGCAAAAGGUCUGGGUAUCCCUGCCAUUGAUCUGUGGUCCAAGAUGCAGGAAACAGAAGGUUGGCAGAAAAAAUUCCUCAGUGAUGGGUUGCACCUUAAGUCAGAAGGCAAUGCAGUGGUUCACCAAGAAGUUGUGAGAGUUCUAAAAGAAGCAUGGUUUUCUCCUGAACAAAUGCCAUAUGAUUUUCCUCACCACUCAGUAAUUGAUGGAAAACACCCUGAGAAAGCUUUCCAACUGCAAUGCCCUGCUGAAUUCUAGUCAAGACAGGCUUGGAAAUUUGUUCUCUCUUUUAAUUUUUCUAUUUGAUGAAAAGAUUUGGACUGCUUUUUCCUAGUCAUGCCAAAUGAAACAGUGUUGGCCUUUUGCCUAUUUUAUCAGAUGCUGACAUGCGCUCUGUAUUUAAGAGCACUUAAAAUAUAAAAUCGGGAAUUUUGUGAAA